AAAGUUUGUUUUUCCAGUUCUGUCAGGCUCUGAGCUAGGCAGGGUGUAGGGGUGAGAGAGCCUGAGCCAGAUGCCAAAGUCUGCCUUGGGUAAGCUGCAGACAGCUGCACAAUGGAGGACUUCAAGGCUGUGGCAUACCAGGUAUUCACAGUAUGGAUCACCAUAAUCAUUGCGCUCAUCAUGUUACCUUCUAUGUUUGGAAUUUCUUUGGGGAUCUCAGAGGUUUAUAUGAAGAUUAUAGUGAAAAUCUUAGAGUGGGCCACCUUGCGCAUUCAGAAAGGGAUUCGAGAACAGAGGAAACAUCAGCUGGCUGCCUCUAAUGGGAUCAUUCAAAGAGAUGAGUCGCCCAUGGAGAAAGAGAUUGUAGGUUUGAGACAAAGCAGAAGCCAGUGCUUACAACAGGGGGAUUUUGAGUUGGCGGACGUCUUCUAUUUCUCCAAGAAGGGAUUUGAAGCCAUUGUAGAAGAUGAGGUCACACAGCGAUUUUCCUCUGAGGAACUGAUCUCCUGGAACCUUCUCACUAGAACAAAUUAUAACUUCCAAUAUGUCAGCUUGAGGGUGACACUUAUCUGGGUGCUGGGAUUGUUUGUGCGAUACUGCAUUCUCUUGCCUUUGCGGAUUACCCUAGCGGCCAUUGGGAUCAGCUUCCUGGUUAUAGGAGCCACGCUUGUUGGACAGCUGCCAAACAGCAGCAUGAAAAGCUGGCUCAGUGAACUUGUCCAUUUAGUUUGCUGCCGAAUCUGUGCAAGAGCCCUCUCCAGUGUUAUCCAGUAUCACAACAAAGAAAACAAACCUAAAAAAGGCGGGAUUUGUGUUGCUAACCACACCUCACCCAUAGAUAUAAUUAUCUUGGCCAACGAUGGCUGCUACGCUAUGGUUGGACAAGUUCAUGGAGGGUUAAUGGGAGUUAUCCAAAGAGCUAUGGUGAGGGCUUGCCCUCACGUGUGGUUUGAACGAUCUGAAAUGCGUGAUCGCCAUCUAGUGACAAAAAGGCUUACGGAGCAUGUUUCAGAUAAAACAAAACUGCCAAUUUUAAUUUUCCCAGAAGGAACCUGUAUUAACAACACAUCUGUAAUGAUGUUCAAAAAGGGAAGUUUUGAGAUAGGAGGGACCAUUUACCCAGUGGCAAUAAAGUAUGAUCCUCAGUUUGGUGAUGCCUUCUGGAAUAGCAGUAAAAACAGUAUGGUCAGCUACCUUCUACGUAUGAUGACAAGCUGGGCCCUCAAGUGCAACGUGUGGUACCUGCCACCAAUGACAAGACAGGAAGGAGAGAGUGCUGUUCAGUUUGCCAACAGAGUAAAAUCUGCUAUCGCCAAACAAGGAGGAUUGGUUGAACUUCCCUGGGACGGAGGCCUGAAAAGAGACAGAGUGAAAGAUUCUUACAGAGAAGAGCAACAGAAGAACUACAGCAAGAUAAUUGUAGGGGAAAACCACAUGUUACAGACAACAAACUGAUUCACUUUUCUAUUUCAUUGACACUCUGAUUCAUCAAGCAGGAUUUCUUUAUUCAGUGCUUUAUUUGCACUUAUGAAAUGUCACAUGUAGAUAACUUUUUUUUUUUUUUUUCCCCUUUCCAAAACGAGGUACCAAGAAUGCAUUAGUAAUCAAUGUUUUAUAACCUUCAUCAUGCUUGACUUGCAUUGCACUUAUAAGAUAUCAUCUACUGGAUUUCAAGAGGAUAAGCAUAAGUUAUAUCAACUACAGAGCCUUUAAAUAAAAAAAUCUGUUAAGACGGAUAUGGUUGCUAAAGGCUGUCAAUCAACUUUUAAACGGAACACUUAAUAAGCUGCAAUGAAAUCACAAUUUGGGAUUGUAAAAAAUGUUUGAUCCCUUUAGGGGUAACUUGAAAAAUCUAGCUAGAAGAGGGUCACUGCUUGUAUAUCUCCAAAUGGUGUGGUGUUGUGUCUUAAGUAAUAUCUGUUAGGUGCAUAAAAUUAUUGCUGAUUAUCCACGUCUAUAGUUUUUUGUUUAAAGGGGGCAUACACUUUCAGGAUUCAGUUAGAGCCUACAAUUUGGAAAAAAUAAGUUCUCAAAUUGCUCUCUUUCUCGAUUUUAUCUUGUAUUAAAAUUUUGCCCCUUUCCAGUAGAGCAUAUGGAGGUAGGCUUAGGAGUGCUCUUAUGGAGUGCUAUAUGCAUUACAUUGUAAACAAAGCUGCAAUAUUGUGCUCCAUGACACAUGCACUCUUCUCAGCCUAUUUCAAUAUGCUCUUAUGGAAAGGGGAUGAAUUUCAAUAAAGUAUGCCAACGGAAAGCGAUACAGUUACUAAUAACUUUUUUUUUUUUUUUUAUUAUGCUCUGUUGGACUCAUUUGACAAGUUUAAUCUUCACUACCAUGUUCCUCCUAUUUUUUUCGGGGAUUUAAAUGCAACUAUAUUAUGAUUUCUGACAUGUUUAGAUUUACAAUAUUGAUUUGUUUUAUGUCUCUGUACUUUUUAUUAGGCUGGGCCUGUGCAUUAGUCCACAUAUAUCUAUAUUUUUGUUAUGACAGGAUUAUGUUUGAUAUGUACCAGACUACAUCAUAUUUCUUGUGCAAUAUACGACAGAAUCUAUUUUUUCCCUCUCUUGUCAUUCUGGUUUGAAUUAAACUGAAAAAGAAAGUUGAUUUAGUUUUGGUUACAUCCAAAUUACUUUAACCUCAAUGUGCCCAAAUAUAUUAUUCUCUUUGUAGGUGUGGCUUAAUUAAAGUUCACAUGUUGUUUCAGUAGAUGGUUCCUGGAAUUCAGGUCCAUUUGCAUGCCUUGAUGACUGAAUUUGAGCUCCCUUUAUUUAAAGAAAAAUAUAUAUUAAGGAACAUUGAUAUUUGUCCGGUUUCCCUGCACAUAUCAAAGCAGAAAAGUUGAGUCUCUGAGGAACCGGGUGUUCUGUACAGGAGAAGUUUACUUGUAAAAUUUCUUUUGGUUGAACAAAAGUAUUUUUAUAAAAGCAUUUUGCACUACUGAAAUUCAAAA